AUGGAUUUGGAGUCAGUGAAGACGUUUUUGGAGAAAGGAAGCCCCAAUGAUUCAUCAGUCAUCGAUUCCAUGCCUUACAGAUUCUUCGAGUCCUUCGUAAUUCAAGGCUUAAAGGUCGAUCUCAUCGAACCCGGACGGAUUAUCUGCUCCAUGAAAAUACCCACUCGUUUACUGAAUUCUGGGAAUUCAUUGCAUGGCGGGGCAACGGCGAUGCUCGUGGACGUGAUGGGUUCGGCUGUCAUUUACACUGUUGGAGCUUCGAUGACCGGAGUUUCAGUUGAGAUCAAUGUCUCAUACAUGGAUGCUGCUUACGCUGGACCUAGGCUUGGAUUGGCCAGCCGGCGGAUAGGCAGCCUCACCUGCCCUGGAAAGCAGAUGGAGGGAGAGAUCAAACUGUCAGCUGUGCCAUUAGGAGCCCUUUCCCACUUAUUGUUUGGGGAGAACAGCCAGUCAGAAGGUAGAGCCUUUACAGGGGGUAUAUCUGAUGAUGGAAUCCGUGAUAACUGA